AGGGGUUAGUUUCCAGCCCGCAGCCACAUGCGUUGUGGGCAGCAGCACCAUGUUGGGGGUACUGGGCUCCUUCGGCAUGGGCUUCAUGUCCAAGUCGCACUGCGGGGACCUGCUACCCUGCCGCGCCGGCAUCGCCUGGGGCGGCAAGCCCUUCAAGCUGAGCUUCUGCAUCCACUCCCUCGUGCUCGAGGGUGAGGAGUCCGGGUCCUCCAGCAAGCCAUUCGUCAUUGUCAACACCGUCAGCAAGUCCAAGCAGACGGAGCUGGGUGACUGGACCCAGGAGGAUUCCAGAUGGAGCUUCCGAGAAGUCCUCACCAUGGAGGUUUCUCCGGACGAGGAGGUGAGCAUUUCCGCCUGCUGCCAUCAGCAGCUGGACCUGCUGGUGGCGGCCUUCUCCUUGGCGGCCAGAUCCGUGGGGGAGGUGUGCGUGCCGGUGGCUUCUGUGCUUCCGCAGCUUCAGGUGGAGGACCGGGACAUCGAGGGCGUGGUAUACGUGACGCCAAAUAUCGGCUUCGACCUCCUCAAGGAUGGAGUCAAGACAGGCCGUGUCUACCUCGCCUUCGAGACCAAGCACCCCGUCCGCAGCGCGCUGCCUGCCGAGACCUGGUGUGCCUUGGGCAAGUAGACAGGACUUCGGCAGCUUCUCAACGACUGAAAGCUGACAAUGUCUCGUGCUGCGGUUGAAUGCUGGAUCAAUCCCUAGGUCCCCCAGCUAAGUGCC